ACAUACAAAGAAGCAGAACCACAAAGUACACUUCUGGAUUGUGCUAUUCAGCAUGGCUUCCUGAAAAUUUCGAACAAGAAGAUCAAUCUGCAUAAAAGGGGAGAGAUACAACAGUCAAUUUAAUAUUGGUUCAAAGGCCUGAGUAUGGGAUUUUUAACUGAACAGUUAUAAUCCAAAGAACAGAAAUUUAUGUUCAUCUUUCCUGCCUUUCAACCAUGAAGGCCACAAAAAAUACGUAACCUUCUGUGCCUUUCCUUCCCAGUCGAGUCAACCAAUAUUAACAAUGAGCAUUGUAAGGUAUAAUCUUACCUGUAAUGUUAGUUACACAUUAGAUAAAAAUUUGUUUCCCACUUUCUACAGCACUCUGAUUAUUAUCAGCAUUCCUGCUAAUCUACUAUCGCUUUACAUUUCCUGCUGUCAAAUCCGGAAAAAAAACGAGCUGGGCAUCUAUCUCUUCUGUUUAUCCUUAGCUGACCUAUUAUACACUAUGACCCUACCAUUAUGGAUUUAUUAUGCUCAGAACAGUGAUAACUGGACAUUCUCUGAAGAGCUUUGCAAGUUAUCUGCUUUUUUCCAAUAUCUAAAUUAUUACACCAGCUCAGGAUUUCUUACCUGCAUCUCCAUGGAUAGAUACUUAGCCAUAGUUCAUCCUUUGAGGUUCCACUGUUUGCGAACAAGAAGAUUUGCCCUGCUGAUGUCCUUUUUAGUUUGGUCUUUUGAAAUAAUAUCAAACUCUGAGAUUUUACGUGAAAAUAACUUGCACUCGGGAUUUUUGAUGGUUGCAAAUGAAAGCAGCCAUACUUGGUGCUAUGACUCGUAUCCUCUACAAAAUUGGCAAGUUUACUUCAAUUUUUACCGCAUCUGUGUGGGGUAUGCAUUCCCAUUAGCUGUCAUGAUCUUCUGCUACCUCAAAAUAUAUCAAGCUGUGAAGCAUAAUCAAGCAACUCAAGAUAGGGACAAGAAGAAAAUCAAUCAUUUAUUAUUAGGCAUCAUCAUAACCUUUUUUCUUUGUUUUACUCCAUAUCAUGUUGUCCUGCUCCUGCGUAGUAUCUUUGAGCCAAAUGGCUGUUUUUAUACCUGGAAUCUAUUUAUACCUUAUAGAAUUACAACAGCCUUGACAAGCAUAAAUUGCAUAGCUGACCCAAUUCUUUACUGUUUUGUGAAUGAAACUGGAAGAGCAGAUAUCUGGAACAUAAUCAAGUGUGGCUUUCGGGUGAGCCAGACAGAAGCACAGCAGUCCAGUGUUUCACAAAACAGGACCAUAAAGGUUUCGGAAUCGGCAGUAUUCAUAUAAUCCAGGAGAACCUGUGGCCUUCCUAAUGUCGCUGAACUAUGCUGGGAGUUGUAAUUUACCAACAUCCGGUGUGUCACAGGGUUUCUAUUCUUGUACAUCUUCAGUGCUGCACUCUGCCAAAAGGACAUGCAAGAAGAGUCUUAAUCAUCCUGAAAUCUAACCAAGAGCCAGAUCUAUCUGCAGAUCAACACGGGGGCGACUUACGGGGAUUAGCAGCACAUGUUUAAAUUACUGAGUUCUACUGCAAUUUUUUCUGCUUCUCUCCCAGGAAGAAAGAAUUUGGAUAAUUAACUGCCAAGAACCAGAAGAAAGCCCCAUUCUAUUACCCAUUGCAGCUUUUGUUAAAAACCAUAGCAUAAAGUGUGAACCCAGCCUAUAUCUUUGUGAUGGACUUAUGACUCGCUAUAUUUUAUGUUGUAAAAGUACAGUAUUUGGCUCUCAGAAAAGCUAUAUCAUUAUGUUAAAAAUAUGGAAUUAAAUGGAAAGAUAUUA